AUGGUUGACUGGCAUCCCUUCAAAGAAGCUCCACCUCUUACGGAAGAACAAUGGCUCCGAGAAUUUGAUAAGUACAAGCAAUUUCCGGAAUACCAAUACCAGGUGAAUCAGCAUGGUGAAAUGUCUUUAUCGCAAUUCAAAUUCAUUUGGUAUAUGGAGUACUCGCAUCGCAUGUGGGGACGCCUUAUUGGCGCUGUGUUCGCCAUUCCUGGGGCAUAUUUCUGGUACAAGGGUUACUUUACUCGUAGGAUGAAACCACGAGUUCUGAUCUAUGGAGGACUGAUCGGUCUUCAGGUGAAACCGUUCAGUACAUUCAAGCUUGCAAAGAUCCUGGGUCACUCGACGAAAGCAUUGACUUUUACGACACUCAUUUUUGGUGCAUUUGUCGCCGGAUUGGAUGCCGGACUAGUGUACAAUACAUGGCCCAAAAUGGCCGAUCGCUGGGUUCCGGAUGACCUGAUUACACCACAGUAUGGUUCUACUUUCGGUAACCUACUGAACAAUCCUACCGGUGUCCAGUUUUCGCACCGCAUUUUGGCCUAUACCACAGUGGCUUGCGCAACGGCCCUAUGGGCAACUGUCAUGCGGACGGGUUUAGCCACGACUGGACCACGAAUACGCACGGCCGCUCAUCUCGUUCUGGCCGCGGCAGUGGGCCAAAGUACCUUGGGGGUGGUGACCUUGUUAUACUACGUUCCCGUAUGGUUGGGUGUUAUGCAUCAAGGAGGAAGCCUCGUUCUACUCUCCUCUGCCUUAUGGUUCACCCACUGCCUUCGAGCAGUACCCAAAUAGAAACCUGCUGUCGUCGGUUUCUCAUCGUGCUUUCCACACUAUUUUAAUCCUCAUUCUGUGAAGUUAUUCCUGAAUACACGCAUAUCUUCCAGUAAAGUAUUUUCC